AUGUCUUCUGGCACUGGUAAGUCAUCAAGGCCUCUCAUUGGCUCUGGCCGUGACACCCAUUCUUCUGAACAGGAACCCAGAAAAUGGGAAGACUUUAUAGCUUUGGGGGCCCGGCGACAGCAGUGGAUUGAUGAUCCUUGCACGCCAUGUACAAUUCAAAGCUCACAGCUGACGAUGCAAAGCCUUCAUGACCGGGGUUGGUACAUCAGUAAGCGAGCUCCCGAAGCCGUGUACUGGCUUGACUUUGCCGAACUACAAGCUCUGGGCCUCCCCUGUGAUCUCGUUAAUCCGAUCAUGAACUUCAAUGUCCAUAGGUAUGCAGGCGAGACAUGGGGAGUGGAAGGUGCUGACUGGGAGGGCUUCACUGGCCCCGGUAUCAUAGUAAUUUCUAACAUAACAAGGACGCCGAAUUCCCCCUCUCCUCCGAUGUCAGAAGUGACGAAGGCUAUUUAUGAGAGAACCUUUGACAUCGACAGUCUUCGAUAUGUCAUUAUGAAGAAUGUUAUGAAUGAGCAAACCGUCCGGUUGAUCAAAGAUCUUCUCUAUACUCCCGAGAGGAGUGUCCCAUGGCCGGGGAAAUCUGGACAACGGGAUACCUGGGAAGGGAACACACCCCCAUAUCAAGCACUGCUGGGGACCCGAUUGGCAAGCUAG